AUGGAGAAGUUUACAAACUGGAGAGAUAAAGGUACUGGGAUAGCACCUUUCCAGCCACCUACUACUCAAAAAGAGGCAAUUUUUUUCAAUAAAUCGAUCAUUACAAACAUCAUAUUUAGCAUUAUCUACUUAACCAGAUGUAUUUUACUUGUCCCAUUACUUGUAUUAUCACCAUUUAUUAAUUUACGACUGUUAUUCCUUACAGGCUUUACCUCAGGUCGAAUUAAGAUCGAUUACCAAGUUAAUGGUAUCAAGAGAAGCCAAUUGAGUAAAGAUCCACAAAGGUACCAUUUGCAAAAGGGGUACCUUUAUGUGGUCAAUUAUUCAUCUGUUUUAACUGCUGUUGUAUUACAAUAUGUGGCUCAAGAUAAUCGCAGUAUUAAAUAUUUGAUUCCAUCUGAGUCUAAUGAUCUCUAUGAGUUGACAUUCUUGCAAUUCGUUAAUUUUACAAUGAGUGGGCAAUCCUUAGAUGUUACUCAAUAUGGUACUCAAAUCAAGGAAAUUUCAAACAAAGAUUGGGCAAGAUAUACAUGGUGUCUCUUUGCUGAAGGAACUUGUUCCAAUGGUAAAUCUAUUUUACCUUUCGAAAUAGGCAAAGCUUCAUUAGAGUUAAUAUUUGAUGAUUCUAUCUGUACUGAGGUGAUCCCUGUGACUAUCAAAGUGAACAAUUCCUUAGUAACACCAUUGGGUGGUUCAAGUUGGCGUUUAUUAUGGUCCUUAAUACUAAAACAUAAAUGUCUUGCCAAAGUGAAAGUUCAUGAGGCACAUUCGUUAAUUAACGAAAUGGAAGCUCUAGAUGGUGUUCGUGAAUCUCUCAACGAUGGCGAUAAGUAUAAAUUAGUAUCUAAGUCAUUAGGAAUUGUGGAAAAACGUAAAUUUGUAAAUGAGUUUCGCAAGUGA